AUGGGUCCACACACAUAGGGCCCAGACGUCAUACUUUUAGGGCGUGGACCUAGUUAGCGAGAUAGGCGCUAGCUAGCAGAAAAAGACCGACCUGAUAUCGAUGCACAGCUAGCUAUUCUAGCAAUCCUGGUUGUGAUAAUAUUGCCACUGUAUCCAAAUUAACAGGUUUAAAAUAAUUCCAACCAUGUCUGAUGGAGAGGGUUACGUGGUGCGUGUGAGAGGUCUACCAUGGUCCUGCUCUGUGGAUGAAAUACAGAGGUUCUUCUCAGAUUGUAAAAUCGCCAACAAUGGCACCAGCAUCCAUUUUACCUCCACACGCGAGGGCCGACCCAGCGGAGAGGCCUUCGUUGAGCUGGAGAAUGAGGAUGACCUUAAGAUCGCUGUGAAGAAGGACAGAGAAACCAUGGGCCACAGAUAUGUGGAAGUGUUCAAAUCCAACAAUGUGGAGAUGGACUGGGUGAUGAAACAUUCUGGUUCAAGCAGUCCAGAGCCGACUGGAGACGGCCUGGUAAGGCUCCGAGGCCUCCCCUUCGGCUGCAGCAAGGAGGAGAUCGUCCAGUUCCUCUCAGGGUUGGAAAUCGUGCCAAAUGGGAUAACAUUGCCGCUGGACUUCCAGGGGAGGAGUACGGGGGAGGCCUUCGUGCAGUUUGCUUCACAGGAUAUAGCUGAAAAGGCUCUAAAGAAACACAAGGAAAGAAUAGGGCACAGGUACAUUGAGAUCUUCAAGAGCAGCCGUGCUGAGGUGAGGACCCACUACGAACCCCAGAGGAAACCUAUGGGGAUGCAGAGACCGGGCCCCUAUGACAGACCGUCUGGGGGCCGUGGGUACAACAUGAUGGGGGGCCGAGGAGGGGGCUCUUACGACAGGGCCAGACGCGGAGGCUAUGGUGGAGGUGUGUCUGAUGGGCGGUAUGGUGACAGUAGCUCCUCCUUCCAGAGCACCACGGGUCACUGUGUUCACAUGAGGGGUCUGCCCUACAGAGCCACAGAGACUGACAUCUACAAUUUCUUCUCUCCUCUGAACCCAGUGAGAGUGCAUGUGGAGAUCGGUCCAGACGGCAGAGUGACAGGAGAGGCUGACGUGGAGUUUGCUACACAUGAGGAUGCUGUGACAGCCAUGUCGAAGGACAAGGCCAACAUGCAGCACCGCUAUGUGGAGCUGUUCCUCAACUCUACAGCAGGGGGCAGUAAUGGCUCGUACGGCAGUCCGAUGCAGGGGGGUAUGGGGAGCCAGUCCUCCUAUAGCAGUGGAGGGCUGAGCUCUGGAUACUCUGGAGGCUACAGCAGCCAGGGCAGCAUGGGAGGUUACAGUGACUAUAGUAACCAGGGCGGUAUGAGCAGCAGUUACUAUAGCGGCGGUGGACGAGGAGACAGGAGUUCCAAUGGCCUGGGGGCAGGAUGGGGGAUGUAGUUCUUUAACCAAGCAUGUGUUCGGCUAGAAUUGUAGUUCUCACCUGGAUGUUUCGUAUUAGUGAUUGAGGCCCCUUUGAUGUUUUGUUUUCACCCUCUCCUACUGUUGUUAGUGACAUGACUGUGGUCGGAAGGCUUGUUUCAUCAGCGUUACCUGGAAGAUUCAAAUAACCAACUGUGAUUAUGACUGUCUGUUUCUUUAACCCACAGUUCACCUUAUGUUGACCGUGAAGGGUUGUGGGAAACUCUAGUUAAUUCAGAAAGUAAACCAAUUCCACAUUUUUGUAAUUGAAAAGCAAUUGGCCCGAUCCUGGCAGUUCUGUCUCUGAGUGGAUGAACCAACACACUUCUGUAAAUAGACUUCUAGAUGUUUUCUUUUCUCCAGUAGGUGCAACAAUAUCUUGGCUUUCUGUCAGUCUGAAACAAUGUCAAAAUAGUGUGAGGUUAACAAAGAGCAUGUUUGUUUUAUAAUGAAGAUUGCUAUGAGGGAUGGAUACUUAUUUAGCAAACAAACCUUUACGUUUUUCUGUUAAUAAAGGUUUCUUUCUACUGCC